AUGUCUCUCGCGCCUCCUCUGCUCCGCCUCCGCGCCCCCCGCCCCGACGCCGCCCUCUCCGCCGCCGUCCCGUCCCGCCCUCUCCCUGGAUGCCUCGCCAUCGGGCGGGGUCUCGGCUCCGGCCGCGCCUACUGCCUCUUCUCCGGCGCCGGCGCCGGCCGCCGGAAGCAGGAGGAAGCUAGGAGAGGGCUGGAGAGUGCCGUAGACCAGAACAAGACGGGGUUCGGGACAUGGGGCGUGGAAACUGUUACAAGGCGGCUAAGAGACCGGCGUGGUGGCCCUGCUCCUGCUGUCGGUGGCGGUGGCAGGGGAAGGUCUGGAGGAGGAGGUGGUGGAGGUGGAGGUGGUUGGUUCAGGUGGUUUAGCAGUGGAGGCUUCUGGGACGCUGCGAAGCAGACUGUUCUGACGAUCCUCGGCAUUAUUGCAGCGGUCUUCCUCAUCGCGAAUUUCAACGUGCUUCUGGGGGCUGCCGUCUACCCGUUGCUGGUCGUGCUGCGGCAAAUAAGGCGCGCACUCACCUUUGCGGCUUAUUGUGUUUCUCGGGCCAUGUCGGCACCCGCUUCCAGGCCGAAACCAACUCCUGUAGACAGCGCUGAAGUGGUGGCCGCAGCGCCUGUCAAAGAAAGAGCCAGAAUGUCUGCAAGAGAAAGAGUUGUUGCGAAAUGGCGUUUGGACUGA